GCUGCUAUGUUUGCUCUGAGGCCAGCAUCCAAGGGGAAGAUCUAGCUGGGGGUUUGCUCAGACCUACAUCAGCCUACUGAAUGGCCUGGGGUCUAAGAAAUGCCUAGCUCUCCAUACCCACCUGUCCCCAUGGAGGGAGACUGAGAAGAUACUGGAUGAACUGGACCAUGACUCAUUCAGGAGGGAGAUAGGAUGGUCAACUGUACCCUAUUUCUUGACCUCCUGUCCCUACUCCGUUCCCCCUUCCAGGUUGAUUGACAUAUGUGCAGUUUGGGACACUGGAGUUUUCCUUUUCGCUGCAGACGGGGAGGGAGUCUCCUCUGGUCUUGCAAGAAGGAGGCUGAAUGAGGCAGAGAGGAGGUGGCAGAAUUCCUUCCCAAGUGGAGGUGGUUUCCUGCUCUUCCCCUGAGGCUUUGGUUUUCGCUGAGGACUUCAAAUUGGAAGCUGUCUGCAUAUGCUGCCGCUGAACUCUGUCUGGGAGGCCAAGUUAGAGCGGCCGGAGGCAGCAAGACCCCGCUGGCCAGGGAGCAGGGAGCGGGGCCCAGUGCUAAGGAUGGCCAGGCUGCAGCCACCACCCUGGGUCUACGCAGCCUUCCUCCUCUGCUUCCUUGGCCUUGGCCGGGCCAUCGAGAUUCCGAUGGAUCCAAGCAUUCAAAAUGAGCUGUCCCAGCCCCCGACCAUCACCAAGCAGUCAGUGAAGGACCAUAUCGUGGAUCCUCGAGAUAACAUCUUGAUUGAGUGUGAAGCGAAGGGGAACCCUGCCCCCAGCUUCCACUGGACUCGCAACAGCAGGUUCUUCAAUGUCGCCAAGGACCCCCGGGUGUCAAUGAGGAGGAGGUCUGGGACCCUGGUGAUUGACUUCCGCAGUGGCGGGCGGCCAGAGGAGUAUGAGGGGGAAUACCAGUGCUUUGCUCGCAACAAAUUUGGCACGGCCCUGUCCAAUAGGAUCCGCCUGCAGGUGUCCAAAUCUCCACUGUGGCCGAAGGAAAGUCUAGACCCCGUGGUGGUUCAAGAAGGCGCUCCCUUGACACUCCAGUGCAACCCCCCGCCCGGACUUCCGUCCCCGGUCAUCUUCUGGAUGAGCAGCUCCAUGGAACCCAUCACCCAGAAUAAGCGGGUCUCCCAGGGCCAUAACGGAGACCUAUAUUUCUCUAACGUGAUGGUGCAGGACAUGCAGACCGACUACAGCUGCAACGCCCGCUUCCACUUUACCCACACCAUCCAGCAGAAGAACCCGUUCACCCUCAAGGUCCUCACCAACCAUCCCUAUAAUGACUCGUCUUUAAGAAACCACCCUGACAUGUACAGUGCCCGAGGAGUUGCAGAAAGAACGCCCAGCUUCAUGUAUCCCCAGGGCACUGCAAGCAGUCAGAUGGUGCUGCGUGGCAUGGACCUACUACUGGAGUGUAUCGCCUCUGGGGUCCCAACACCAGACAUUGCAUGGUACAAGAAAGGUGGGGACCUCCCAUCUGACAAGGCCAAGUUUGAGAACUUUAACAAGGCUCUUCGUAUCACCAAUGUCUCUGAGGAAGACUCUGGGGAGUAUUUCUGCCUGGCCUCCAACAAGAUGGGCAGCAUCCGGCACACGAUCUCGGUGAGAGUAAAGGCUGCUCCCUACUGGCUGGACGAACCCAAGAACCUUAUCCUGGCCCCUGGCGAGGACGGGAGACUGGUGUGUCGAGCCAGUGGGAACCCCAAGCCCACUGUCCAGUGGAUGGUGAAUGGGGAACCUUUGCAAUCGGCACCACCCAACCCAAACCGUGAGGUGGCUGGGGACACCAUCAUCUUCCGGGACACCCAGAUCAGCAGUAGGGCCGUGUACCAGUGCAACACCUCUAAUGAGCACGGCUAUCUGCUGGCCAACGCCUUUGUCAGCGUGCUGGACGUACCACCUCGAAUGCUGUCACCCCGGAACCAGCUCAUUCGGGUGAUCCUGUACAACCGGACACGGCUGGACUGUCCCUUCUUUGGGUCCCCCAUCCCCACACUCCGAUGGUUUAAGAAUGGGCAAGGAAGCAAUCUGGAUGGUGGCAACUACCAUGUCUAUGAGAACGGCAGCCUGGAAAUCAAGAUGAUCCGCAAAGAGGACCAAGGCAUCUAUACCUGUGUUGCCACCAACAUCCUAGGCAAAGCUGAAAACCAGGUCCGCCUGGAGGUCAAAGACCCCACCAGGAUCUACCGGAUGCCUGAGGACCAGGUCGCCAAAAGGGGCACCACAGUGCAGUUGGAGUGUCGCGUGAAGCACGACCCCUCCCUGAAACUCACGGUCUCCUGGCUGAAGGACGACGAACCACUGUACAUCGGGAACAGGAUGAAGAAGGAAGAUGACUCCCUGACCAUCUUUGGUGUGGCUGAGCGGGACCAGGGUAGUUACACGUGCUUCGCUAGCACCGAGCUGGACCAGGACCUGGCGAAGGCCUACCUCACUGUGCUAGCUGAUCAGACCACUCCAACUAACCGUUUGGCUGCCCUGCCCAAAGGACGGCCAGACCGACCCCGGGACCUGGAGCUCACCGACCUGGCCGAGAGGAGUGUGAGGCUGACCUGGAUCCCGGGGGCCGAUAACAACAGCCCCGUUACAGACUAUGUUGUCCAGUUUGAAGAAGACCAGUUCCAGCCAGGCGUCUGGCAUGACCAUUCUAAGUUCCCAGGCAGUGUCAACUCAGCCGUCCUCCAACUGUCCCCAUACGUCAACUACCAGUUCCGGGUGAUUGCCGUCAAUGAGGUUGGCAGUAGCCACCCCAGCCUCCCCUCCGAGCGCUACAGGACCAGCGGGGCACCCCCUGAGUCCAAUCCCAGCGACGUGAAGGGAGAGGGGACCAGAAAGAACAACAUGGAGAUCACGUGGACGCCCAUGAAUGCCACCUCUGCCUUCGGCCCCAACCUGCGAUACAUCGUCAAGUGGCGACGGAGAGAGACUCGAGAGACCUGGAACAAUGUCACAGUGUGGGGCUCCCGCUAUGUCGUGGGGCAGACUCCUGUCUAUGUGCCCUAUGAGAUCCGAGUCCAGGCCGAAAACGACUUUGGGAAGGGCCCUGAGCCAGACACGGUCAUCGGUUACUCUGGAGAAGAUUAUCCCAGGGCUGCACCCACUGACGUUAAAAUCCGAGUCCUGAACAGCACAGCCAUCAGCCUUCAGUGGAACCGCGUCUACUCCGACACGGUCCAGGGCCAGCUCAGAGAGUACCGAGCCUACUACUGGAGGGAGAGCAGUUUACUGAAGAACCUGUGGGUGUCUCAGAAGAGACAGCAAGCCAGCUUCCCUGGUGACCGCCUCCGGGGCGUGGUGUCCCGCCUCUUUCCCUACAGUAACUACAAACUGGAGAUGGUUGUGGUCAAUGGGAGAGGCGAUGGGCCUCGCAGUGAAACCAAGGAGUUCACCACCCCAGAAGGAGUACCCAGUGCCCCCAGGCGUUUCCGAGUCCGGCAGCCCAACCUGGAGAUAAUCAACCUGGAAUGGGACCAUCCGGAACACCCCAAUGGAAUCCUGAUUGGCUAUUCUCUCAGAUACGUGGCCUUUAAUGGAACCAAAGUAGGAAAGCAGAUAGUGGAGAACUUCUCUCCCAAUCAGACCAAGUUCACGGUGCAAAGAGCAGAUCCUGUGUCGCGCUACCGCUUCACCCUGAGUGCCAGGACGCAGGUGGGCUCUGGGGAAGCUGUCACGGAGGAGUCGCCAGCACCCCCUAAUGAAGCUACUCCAACCGCAGCUUCUCCCACGUUGCCCCCGACUACGGUGGGUGCGACGGGCACUGUAAGCAGUACUGAUGCUAUUGCCAUUGCUGCCACCACCGAAGCCACAACAGUCCCCAUCAUCCCAACUGUUGCACCUACCACCUUCGCCACCACCACCGUCGCCACAACUACUACAACCACUGUCGCCACCACCAUGGAGAGUCCUCCCACCACCAGGACUAAGACACACGAAUCUGCGCUGCCUCCCUCCUCACCACUAACUCCUCUUCUAACCUGCCCACCAGCCCCCGAUGAGCAGUCCAUAUGGAACGUCACGGUGCUCCCCAACAGUAAAUGGGCCAACAUCACCUGGAAGCACAAUUUCGGGCCCGGAACUGACUUUGUGGUUGAGUACAUUGACAGCAACCAUACGAAAAAAACUGUCCCUGUUAAGGCUCAUGCCCAGCCUAUACAGCUGACAGACCUCUUUCCCGGGAUGACAUACACGUUGCGAGUUUAUUCCCGGGACAACGAGGGCGUCAGCAGUGCCAUCAUCACCUUUAUGACCAGUACAGCUUACACGAACAACCAGGCCGACAUUGCCACCCAGGGCUGGUUCAUUGGGCUCAUGUGCGCCAUCGCUCUCCUGGUGCUGAUCCUGCUCAUCGUCUGUUUCAUCAAGAGGAGUCGCGGUGGCAAGUACCCAGUGCGAGAAAAGAAGGAUGUUCCCCUUGGCCCUGAAGACCCCAAAGAAGAGGAUGGUUCAUUUGACUACAGUGAUGAGGACAACAAGCCCCUGCAGGGCAGCCAGACAUCCCUGGACGGCACCAUCAAGCAGCAGGAGAGUGAUGACAGCCUGGUAGACUACGGUGAGGGCGGAGAGGGUCAGUUCAAUGAGGACGGCUCCUUCAUCGGCCAGUACACAGUCAAAAAGGACAAGGAGGAGACGGAGGGCAACGAAAGCUCAGAGGCCACUUCACCCGUCAACGCCAUCUAUUCUCUGGCCUAACAGACCCCCGGGCAAAGCCACGACUUUGCAAGUAGGAGGAGGGCAGAAGGGGAGAUGAAGCUACCACCACCUUCAGGGACAAGGGUACAGCAUGGGGGUCUGCCAGCUGUGAGGACCACUGACCACCCAGCCAACCACAAGCCCCUCCCAAUGACCCCCCACGUCUGGGUGCCACCUGUGUGGGAGAGCGAGAGCCCCGGCCAAGCUCAGCGGGAGGGAGCGCGGGCCCCGUGCACAGCCUGAUAACCACCCUGAGCCUUCCACCCACACUGCCCGCCCUUAACCUCUGACGCACACUCACCAGUUUCUUCUGUUGGUUCUGAUACUUUUCACUCCUUUAUUUUUGCUUUGUGCAUCUUCCCCUCCAGACCCAAUGUCUCCAUUUUCUUUUCCAUUUGAAGAACUAUCCCUGGAAAAAGAAUAGGUGGAUUCUUUCCCAGAAAACUGCAAAGAUAGGCAAAAAGGAUUGGUCUGUAAAAGAACAUACAGAAAAGGUGCAGUAUUCAAGCCACGCUGGGCCAAUGGAUUUCCGAAGGAUGCCUUGCUCGCCACAUGCCUCCCCAUGCCCGCGACCCAUCUGCCUCAGCCUUGUCAGUUGCUAAGCUGGGCUUGGCUCCUUUCUGGAAAGUGACAGUAUUUUUGGCAGGGAUAGGGCGGGCAGGCCUCCUUGCCUUGCUCUGGCUCAUUUGGGAGGUGGGCCUACCUCUUGCUCCUCACUCGUACCCUGCCCCUUCCUCCAGAGUGUCCAAGACAAAAGCGGCACUGAUGCUGAUGAAGGAGUUCGAGGAACAGCAGUGGACACUGAUGGAAAGGACUUCAACUCCAGUGACCAUGUACCUCAAGCAGAAGAAAAUCAGGCAUCUGGUCCCUGGGGAGCCGUGCUCACCUCAAGAGAAGAAGAGGGCUGGGUUUCCUCAUCAGUGGAACCCAGGGUAUAGGAGAGAGGGCCACACCCACUGCAUCCAGAGUGGAGGGUGCCCCCCACCUGGUCAGGGGUCUACACUGUUGCCCUCAAGGAGCUAGAACCCUGUGUUGCAAAAGUUUUGCUGGUGUGUUUAGGGGUGUAAAGUACUGCUCCCCCUUUCACCUCUAGCAGGUAUCAUCUCUUUGGUCAGUUCUGUAUGACGUUGAAACUGUGUGGAUGGGGCCCUAUUGCCCCAACACUGAGCCAGUGUGUCCUUUCUUUCGGGUAUUUACAUAUCAGGAGACCCUGCGGGGACACUGCACUAGCAGUGCUGUGAAGCCUGGCCUGGAGGACUCAGUGCUGUUCGAAUGCCUUAUGCAGCUCUGAUCUGUCCCUGUAGUUCCCAGGUUCCCAGCCCCUCCAUGCAAGCCUUGAAGCCUCCAGCAAUGUCUGUCUCAAGGAGAACGGAGCGGCCUAUGCAAACAUCACGGCAGAAUCAGAAGCAGCCACUCGACACAUGCCCUGCAAGCUGUUGCCCCAGAUGGAUACACUCACAGACCUGCAGUUCUCAGAGACCGAAGGCGCUGCCUUCAUCUACCCUACCUAAUCCGCUUCUGAAACCAAAGGUACCCAGCCUCAGAGGAGAGAGAUCGUGAGCCUAAGAGUAACCCUGGAGCUGUUGCUGCAGCAUCAGUUUCAGGAGGGGGAAGCUGACCCUAGUAAUGGGCCACCUGCCACAGACACAACCUCUGAUUUCAGCCUCCAGCUGCUUGCUAGGGGUCCUGGGCAGGGACAGGGCUGUGUCCUUUAGAGAUUUUGUUAAAGCAUCAUUUGCCACGUGUUUGAGCCGCAAAGGUAUUAGCAAUGUUUGCAUCACUUAGUAACCAGUCAGUGAAGGUCAAGCCCAUAGAUACACAUACUCUGUCUGCAGGUAAGAAACCGUAGCCCAGAACUGAGCCGAUGAUAUUGUUUAAACCUGAGAGCAAGGAAUGUCCUUUGGCCCCAGCCAUGGCUAGGUUUGCUUCCUGGAAGCCCAAGGGGCAGCUCUCUCAUGGUGACAGGGGACAAGGUGAAUAGCAGGGAGCUGGGAAGUGAGCUCAAGUCCCCUCCCCUGGCUAUCCUUUGACACCUUGGAUGCAACUGGGUAUUCCUGCAACCUAGGCCCAGGGUCCCUGAAGGGUCUGUCAGGAAGUAUGCCUGUGAGCUGAAUGAAAGGAUUGGCCUUUCCAGAAAACACUGGAUCUGAGCAGGGUAGUCACUUUCUCAGGCCCUGAGUCCAUGUUGCACUGUACAUGCUAGUGAACUUGUUACACUGAAAACAGUCUCUUAGGGCAAGAAAGACUAUGAGAGGUCAUUGUACCCAUCCCCGUGCCUCUAGAAGGUCUGCUGUACAACUGAUGACCAGGGGAGGGCUUCUGCUACCAGCAGCCCGUGGGGAGGGUCUUGGGGAGAAGUGAUUCCUCAGCCUGUCUUUGCUCCUUGUUCGUGUCCUGCCAGGCUCUGUACCAUCCCCCGUCAUGUAUGAAGACAGCGCCGUCAGCCCUAUCAUGAGGCUGCCCACACCACCACGCCAUCACAGCCCUCCUAGCAGGCAAGAGCAAACCUGGGCCUGAAGAACCACAUUGUCCCGAAGCAAUGGUGGCAAGUGCUGAGAGAGGUCUGUGGGUUGUAGUGUUACGGUUAAGCAGGAGCCCUUCCAGGGAGAGGAGAGUCCAUUUUCCGUGGCGCCCAGGCCAGAGUCCACCCAGCUCAGCAGCAGAGCAUAUUGUUCCGCAUUCCCUGCCAGCUGGGGCUCUCCAGCAACCGCCCCAAACAACCCACAACGAUGCCAGUGGGGGUGAUACUACUGGUGCUUCAGCCUUUCUGGCAAGGGGGUCAGAGGGAAAAAGUCUCGGUCAUCUCAUAGUGACUAGAAAUUCCAUUGCCUGGUCUGUGCCUGGGGUCUGCGAUCCCACUGUGUGCUUGGCCGGAAGAGCUGUGGCUCCCUGUGCCCUCAGUUUGUCUGGUGAUUUGCUCAGCAUAUAUAUACUUUUGAACAUUGAGUGCAAGCCAGGCUCUGAGCCAUGGAUACCACGGUAAGAGUCGUGUGUAGCCCCUGCCCUCUCCGGGCUGACAGUCCCGGACAUGAGUCUUAGGACACAGUGGCAUUGAUUGGGAGCUCACUGAGCAUGUAAGCCACCAAUGGCCCCAGGCUCAAAGGGAGAAGUUUCAGAGGGAGAACUUGGUCCGCAAGGCUGGGCAAGACGGCAUCAAAACUUACAGGGGCAUUUGAGGGACAGUCCUGCCUCCUGAGCUUCUGCUCUGCCCCUCUGGGCAAGUGGCUUAACCUACCUGUAUUUUGGUGCCUCAGUCUCCCCUGUUUAGUCCCUCCUUGAAUGUCUGUCCCCCACAGAGCGGCAUGGGCCCACCUGAGGGAGCAAGGAGGCCAGCGUGGGGAAUACACCGCCACAGGGCCGGGGGCAGCUGCCUCCCACUUUGCCUGCGUUACAAAGAAUGGGGCCUGUUCUUUCGUACUUUGCUUUUGAGGAGAUGGCCGAGUUUAGGCUAAAGGGAAAACCAGACUAGCUCCUUCCCUUGUCCACUGCUUUCGCCUUGAGAGGUUGUGGAUAUCUGGUCACCCCUUCUCUGGCAAGUCCCAAGGUCUAGAGAAGUGUCCACCUGUCCGAGAAGCAGCCAGUGCCAAGAUUGCUCACCCUGCAAGGGGUGUCUGCCACCUGGGCCCAGACAGUGCUUUCAUAGUUUCCCUGAACACAGUUGGCCUUAGCAAAGGGGUGGAAACAGAUCCGAGGAUAUUUGUGGGUUUCCCAGCUAGGGAACUGCCUCCCCCCACCCACCGCCAGCACCCACACAUGGGCUCACCCACUCAUUGGCACACAGCACAGACCAAGGCCCUACUGCAGGGCAGCACCUCAGGGGGAACGGUACAGAUUACAACACUGUCUUGGAGAAGGUGAUUCUACACCCAGGCCUGCUAGAGAUGCAAAGGCCUUCAUGGGGUACAGUGCACAACUUGGGGGAGGGAGAAGAGACUGCCCGGGCUGGGCCCCCUUUGGGUGACUUCAGAGGACAAAACCAAGAGAGAACAAGUCUGAUGCAAAGGAGAGGCAACCUUCCCCAGUAACAAUACAGGCAAUGGCUCUAGAAGGCUCCUGGCACCCUGUGCAGAAUCAGAGCCAAAUCGGAGAGCAUUUGCAAACAACCCUGUGACAGGAGUGGGGAUUUAACAUACUUUUGCCUGUCUUUGCAAGGCUACUUCAGUAACACUGAAGAGGUGAGGCUCCUUGAGCUUUUGGUCAGCGGGGCUGGUACCAGACAACCACUUCUCAGUGGGAGGGCAGCAGGUUCCUGGGACACCGGUCACCACACCAGCAGCCCCUGCCAAACAGGUCCACUAAAAGGAAAUCACCCUGUAGAUCUGGUUGAGCUUUGCGUGGUGACUUAGGAAUAACAUAUUGGAGGUCUUUGCUUAAAAAAAAAAAAAAAAAUCAGAGGAAUCAGGAGUCAAACCAAUGAAACAAAGAGCUUGAAAUACCAGGAGACUCAAUGUUCUGGUCAGAGUCCACCUCCUGGGCAGCCUUCUCUUAAACCAGGCAGUGGUGACCGUGGCAGUUCAGACCAACCUCGCAGCUGUCCCCAGCCUUUCCAACCCAAGCCAGAACAGCGUGCUGCUUUCCUUCCCUCCCCUACUAAGAAUGGACCUUCCUGAGACAGGUUCAGGGAAGGAGUCAAAGGAAGGGUGGACACCCAUCCAGGGAAGCCACAAGACCCCACUAUACAGUGUCUCAAAACCAGUGCUCCUCUGUCAGUAUGUGAGUAUUAAACGGACGUUCCAUAAUGAUAAGGAUGGAAAUGAAAUAUGUACAAAGGUGUCUAGUUUAGGAUCGCUUCAGAUUUCAUCAUGUGAAGGAAUCACAAAGCUGAUCUAAUUGAAAUGACUCAUUGUACAGACAAGGACACUAAAAUCUGGGAAGGUGAAGGGACUUGCCCAGGGUCACACAGCUAGUAAACCAAGGUGAGGUUGGGCUUGAAUUCAGGCCCUCCAACUCCUUUGCCAGUGUCCUUGCUUCUCACCCCCGCUGCCUUCUUGGAAACAGAGGUGUCCUGACCUCUGUCCUGCUGGGUCACCCGCUCAUACUCCUUUACCACUUCUCUCACAUCUUCCCAAAAUGACAGACAAAGAAUUUUUCUGAGUCCGAGAUCAGUCAGUGUGUGAUAACCUGUGGUAUGAAGGGCAGACCCAAGCCAGGAGAAGGGUGAUGAGGUGACCGGCAUCUGUCACUGUGAAGCCUAGACUUGUCUCCUGCUCAUAACACAUCGAGCGCCAGCAUGCUGUGCCCCUUGGAAGUGAGGGCAUAAGGACCUCUCAUCACUCCACCCUUGGCUGCCGGGUGCAGAGGGGCAGCAGCGCCCAUAGAAGCUCUGCCACCCUGGGAUUUGCUGGGCUGGAGCUCAGCACACGUAAAGACUUCAGUGAAGCAAUAAACACAAAAGUCUGCAAAAAGAAAUCCAGAAUUUUGUGCACUGCUCUGUUUCUUUUUCAAAAAUGAUGCAGAUCAGAUGACCCUGCCCCACCCCUUUUUCUGAUCCUCAAAUGCCACAUCCUCAGUGUUGUCCUUCCAGCUCUUUGCCAAUUUCUUCAUACCCCUCCUGAGCUGAGCCUGUCGCCUAUGACGCAUCUGCCUUCUGUCCUGGCCCCACCCCAACCCACGCUGGACCCCGGAGGACCUCUUGCUGUGUACCCCGCCCCCCAAUACACACAUUUCCCCCCACCAUCCCAAUUUCUUCCUCUCAGUAGGGAAAUGUUUUCCCAAUGUCCCCAUCCCUUAUCACAUGCGUACACCCACAUAUUGUCUGAUAUGUUUUCCAUUGGUUAAAUAUUUAACUCACCAUGGCAGACCUUGUUUUAACCCCUCUCACGUCGUGUUCUUUCCUUUUUGCGAGUUAUUUUGCAUUAACCAAUGUCAGUGACAGGUGCGUCUCUGAGGGUGUCACACGACCUUCAGCAGGGAAGACGUCUGGGCCGUGGAGGACCACCUAAUACAUGGACUUAUAAACUGACUGCAUGAGCAAUGAAAAGGCCAAAUUAUCCAGAAUUUUUUUUGAAUCACUGUAAAAAAAA